AUGCUUUCAUCCCUCACUUUCAUUCUGUCACUCGCAGCAGCAGCUGUGGCUGCACCCACAGAGCUUGUAGCUCGUGCGGCCCGCACUUCGCCUCCAUCCGGUUGCUUGUCCGUUGGUAGCUCAGGGACAUACAGUACCGUCCAGAAGGCUGUCAAUGCUCUCAGCACUUCCAGCACUACGGCGCAAUGCAUCUUCAUCUAUAAGGGCACCUACAGUGAGCAGGUUUACAUCCAGGCGCUCAAGUCUUCUUUGACUAUCUACGGCCAGACCGCCGAUACGACCAGCUACUCAAGCAACACUGUGACAAUCACACAAGGCUUGAGUCAAGACGACGUUGCGAGCAACGAUCUGACUGCUACACUACGAGCCUGGACAACAAACUUGAAAGUCUAUAACAUCAACCUCGUCAACAGCCGUGGUCAAGGCUCCCAGGCUCUUGCUGUUAGUGCUGCGGCGGGCAAGCAAGGUUACUACGGCUGCCAAUUCAAGGGCUACCAGGACACCAUCCUGGCACAAACUGGCGCGCAAGUUUAUGCAAAGUCUUACAUCGAGGGCGCCACAGACUUCAUCUUCGGCCAAUAUGCGAUGGCCUGGUUCGACAGCGUUGACAUCCGCGUCCUGGCUGCCUCGCUAGGAUACAUCACCGCGAACGGCCGGGACUCCUCAACCAACCCUUCGUACUACGUGAUCAACAAGUCUACCAUCGCCGCAGCUUCUGGCAAUACGGUCGCCUCCGGAGCUUACUAUCUCGGUCGUCCAUGGAGGGAUUACGCUCGGGUCGUCUUCCAGAGCACCUCUAUGACCAAUGUCAUCAAUGCUGCUGGGUGGAAGAUCUGGAGUACUGACGACACGAGGACCGACAAUGUUUUGUUUGGCGAGUACGCAGACACUGGUGCUGGAGCGAGUGGUACACGGGCAUCGUUCGCAACGAAAUUGACUGCUGCAGUCAGCAUUUCAACAGUUCUGGGCAGCGAUUACAAGGACUGGGUUGACACCACCUACCUCGCAUAA